CCACCACCGGCUUCACGUUCAAACAUAACAGAAUUCUAGUGAAGUGGACGCGAAGCAACGAAUUUGAAGCUCCCUCUCCCAAAUAUCUUUGUUAUACACCUUAACCAAAAUCACUCAUAGCUACUUGUAACCACCUUCUCUCUCUCUCAAAUCCACAUAAAAAGGACCUUAGCCUCACCCCUCCAUUCUCAAAUCAAAGUAAGUGAAAAAGAAAGAAAAUGGAUAGUGCUGGAGACAGAGUAAUGGUUAUCAAGAAGGCAGAUAUCGAUACUCGAGCGCCUUUCCGGUCAGUUAGAGAGGCUUGUUCAUUGUUCGGCGAGAAAGUUUUGGCUGGCGAGCUCUAUUCUGACAAGAUCAAAGAGAUGCAAUUUGGAGCAGUGGAAAAUGGGCAGGAUUCAUCCAAGCUUGGAACUGUGACAGCAGAGUUAGAAGAGACAAAACUGAGCCUUCAAAAAGCUAAAGAAGAGAGUAUGAUAAUGGCAAGUUAUCUCUCUUCUCUUAGAGAAGAACUUGAAAGAACAAAGCGAGAACUCCAACAAUUGAAGGUACGUGAAGCAGAAAUGGAAUCUGAAAUUGAAGAUGUGAAGGUCGUUGAAGAUUCAACAAAAUUUGAAGUGAAAAUGCUACCUAAAGCACAAGAAGAAGAGGAAGGAGGAGAGAUUGAAUUCCAAAAUAAGAGAUACGUAACUUUUGCAAAUCCUCCAUCCCUCGCUCAAGGCAUAGUUCCACAAGGUGUUGAGGCACUUGGGAGACACCCUUGUCUUAGUAAGAAGACGAAGAAAAAGAACCCAUUGAUCCCUUUAAUAGGUGGGAUUUUAUCCAAGACAAAAGCAACUCACAAACUAUAUUCUUCAUGAAUUGCAAUCACAUGUUUCAAGUUCCAACAAUAAAAUUAAUCUAUGGAUAUAAGCUAUAGCUCCCCUUGUUUUUUCACUUUUUGCCAGUUCUUUGUGUAAUUCCACCAAAACUGGGUUACCAAUAUUGAGAUGCUGUUGUAAGUGGGUUACUUAUUUCAUGUGAAAUUUAUCAAUAUUAUCAUUCACUUAGUCUUCCGAUC